GCGAGAAUUACUCAUUGAAUAUAUUGUUUUAUCUCAGUUACUUGUAUUUACCUGUGUGUCCGAUAAAGUACGUUAAUUUACGCGUUCGAAUUAUAAACAGAUCCCAUUAGGUAGCCUACGUCUGAUAAAAUGAAACUUAUCGCAGGUGUAAUUGGGUUUGUGAUAACUUCGUUGUGUUUCAUUGUGGAUGCUGCGGAUACAGAUACACCUAUCAUCGGUGCACAUCUAGGAUCAGAGUUGAAUCCGAGUCAUGUUAAAGAAGAUAAUGAUAUCUAUAUUACCUGUGACAUUGAACCAAAUACAACCAGUGUCUAUAAAGUUAAAUGGUUUCAUGACGGUAAAGAAGUAUCAACUGACUUCAAAGCUGGCAUAAUUAUCGCCGAUAAAAAUCUGGUGUUACAGAAUAUUAAAAAACCAACGUCUGGAAAUUAUCACUGUGAAGCUAUAACCGAUAAGGGAGCGUUAAAAAGUGAUCCUAUUCCAAUAGAUGUUAAGAAUGUGAAUGAAACAUCGUCCUCUGAAAAUAAUACUACUGUUCCUCCAAGUACAGAAAUUCCAACAACGACAGUAAACCCAGAAAAUUCUACUGAUGCGAGUAAUCUCUUGGAAGGACGUUCUGACUUAGGCAAAGACUCUGAAAAUGUAACAUCUUCUGCUCAAAAUACUACCACUGUUCCUACAACAACAGAAGCAGCAACUACAGUAACACCAAAAAAUUCCAAAGAUACGACUAGUAGUCCUUCGGAACGUCCUGGCUCCAGCAAAGACCCUAAAAAUGUAAAAUCGUUUUCUCCAAAUAGUACAACUCUUUCAGGGACAACUGUCCCCGAAACUACUACUUCUGGAACAACUACUCCUGGAUCAACUACUUCUGGAUCAACUACUUCUGGAUCAACUGCUGCUGGAACAACUACUUCCAGACCAACUACAUCUGGAUCAACUAUUUCCAAAACAACUGCUUCGGGAACGACUACUUCCAGAACAACUGCCUCCAGAACAACUCCUUCCAGAACAACUCCUUCCAGAUCAACUGCUUCUAGAACAACUCCAUCCAGAACCACUGCUUCAGCAACAACUACUUCCAGAACAACCCCUUCAAGAACAACCCCUUCCAGAACAACUGCUUCAAAAACCACUGCUUCCAGAACAACUGUUCCAGCAAAUACAGAAAUUCCAACCACAGCAAUCCCCGAACCCAACCCCUUCGGCACUCGUUUCGAUAUCCCUGGUUUCAACCAAGACUUCUUAAACGAUCGCCAACCAGGCCAAAAUUUCACCAAACAAUUCCACCACGGUGACUGCAACAUACAAUACGACAGAAGCGACAGAGGCGAUACUCACGUCACGUGGAAAAGAGGAAACGAUGAUAUCGAAAUGAAUGUCAGACCAGACGGCAACAUUGGUCAAAAUUGGAAUUUCCCCGGCGUCCAAAUUAGACUAAUUGCCACUUCUGCAGGUGAAAAGGAACAAAACUGGAAUUUCGGUCCGGCUCAAUAUAUUCUCAAGCAGUUGCCCAGCGGUGCCUUGGCUACUAGAUGGAUUGUGAGAAGUUACAGCUUUGGUACUCCUAUGGUGGUGGAAGACUGGGAUACGUUGAAUUCCUAUAGAAAUUUGAUAUCUGCGUGGUGUGAUAGGUUUUAUUUCUUGGUUGAUGAACGAAAUCAGUGUAUUAUUUAUUGAGUGUGGAAAUUAUUUGAAAUAUAUUAUUGUAUGUACUUAUGCAAAAUAAUAUGCAAAUAGGUAAACUGUU